GCUCAGAAGGAACUCUAAACAUGAAUCGACCAAGUAAAGAAGUGUCCUUCAGACUAAGAGUGGUGUUGACCUCCCUGGUGAGCCUCAGCAACCUGUUUCUUCUCAUCGCCUUGGUGUCCGACCAGUGGAUCUUCGGAAAUAAAAGAAAUGGGAUCCUUUAUCUUGGCAUAUGGAGAUUUUGUGGUGCUGCGAUAUGUUUAGCAGAGCCAAAUGGAUACUACAUCAAGGCCGUUUUCAUUGUUUGCUUCAUCAUCUCCUUCUUGGUAAAUGUGGUUGCCGUGCUGCACUUCAUCUAUGACUUUUCUACUAUUACCAACUUCAAGAAGAGUCUCGGCCAAGUAAUGCUGGUCAUGGCAUUUUUCGAGGCUACCGGGAUGAUCAACGCGAGCAUUUUUUUCAUUCUCUCCCCGUUUUAUGAAAGCUUGGCUUAUGCGUAUUUCAUGGGAUGGAUCGCCGUUGCCAUGGCACUCGCCGCCGGUAUUGUGAGCUAUUGGCACGCCACAGUUGAACCAGAAAUAGAAGAACCACCAACUAUAAAAGAUGCCACCGGGGAAAGCCCUCCACCCUACUCUGUUAUGCCUUAAGUUCACAGCCUGGAGAUCAAACGCCUUUUCUCCUAUAAGACCCAACAUUUCUAAACAUCUUGGACUGCAAAGGACUACACAACCAAUAUUGUUCUGCAAUAAUAAUCAAGACAUUUUAUUGUUUGCCAUAUUUUU